ACAUGAAUAUAUAUAACCACACUUUAAACCCAACACACACCACUCACUCCCCAACACCUUAUCAUCAUCAUCUCCACCACCACCAUGCCGACGGCAACGGCGAUUUCUCUCUCAAUCCUCUUCCUCCUCUCCCUCACCACCACCAUCCACGCCCACAACAUCACCCGAAUCCUCGCAAAACACCCCGAAUUCUCCACCUUCAACCACUACCUCACCAUCACACACCUCGCCAACGAAAUCAACCGCCGGCAAACCAUCACCGUCUGCGCCGUCGACAAUGCCGCAAUGUCCGACCUCCUCUCUAAAGGCUUAUCAAUCCAAACCAUCAAAAACGUCCUCUCCCUCCACGUCUUCGCCGACUACUUCGGCUCCAAAAAACUCCACCAAGUCACAAAGGGUUCAACCUCCACCGCCACUAUGUACCAAGCCACCGGCGAAGCCCCUGGCACUGCCGGUUACGUACAUAUAACCGAUGUCAAAGGUGGCAAGGUCCGUUUCACACCUGAAGAUAAUCUCUCCCAAACAGACUCAGUGUACGUCAAAUCUAUACUAGAAAUGCCGUACAACAUUUCUGUUAUACAAAUAAGUUCUAUAUUACAAUCUCCAGAGGCUGAAGCGCCUACUGCCGCACCAGAUCUGAACCUAACCUCGUUGUUAGACCGAGAUGGGUGUCAGUCAUUUCAUAACCUGUUAACUACUUCAGGUGCAAUUGGGACAUUCUUAAGCAGUGUAGAAGCCGGUGUAACCGUUUUCUGCCCUGAUGAUGACGCUAUAACAGCUUUUGCUCCAAAAUAUAAAAAUCUAACUGCUGCAGAAAAGACAUCUUUGUUGCUGUACCACGGAAUUCCUGUGUAUAAUUCCAUGGGGAUGCUACGGUCGAGUAAUGGGUUGAUGAACACUUUGGCUACUGAAGGAGCUAAAAAGAAGUAUGACUUUACUGUUCAAAAUGAUGGGAAUGAUGUUAAGUUGAAGACGAAAGUUGUGACGGCAACGGUUACUGGAACGGUGGUGGAUGACGAGCCGAUUGCGAUUUAUACUCUUGAUAAGGUUUUGCAGCCCAGAGAGUUGUUUAAAGGCGCGGUUGAGGAAGCGGAUGAACCGGCGCCUGCCCCCAAGGGGGCGAAGAAGAAGAAGAAGGCAGCAAAGAAAGGAGAUGAGGCGGAGGAGGAUGCCGAGGCGCCUGGACCGGGUUCGGAUGAGGAUUAUAGUGAUGAUGAUGCGGCGGAUCAGACGGCGAGUAGUGGUGAAAGGGUUGUGGCGAUGGUGUCGGUGGUGGUUAUGGCGGUGUUGUUGAGUUUGUUUUAAUUUUUUAUUUUUUUUUUCAUUUUUUAUUUUGGUUUUUUUUUGUGUGUCGGUGUGAUAAAGUGACAGCGGGUAUCAUGGGUCUCCCACGAGAGUUGCUCAUGCAGGAAUAGAAUUCUCUUUUUAUUUUUUGUUUUUAAUUUAUGAUUUAAAGAUUUUUAUCUUGUUUUAUUUAUCAUAAACGAAAAAUAAUGAGUCUUUUUUUUUUUUGAGUUCCUAUGCAUUGUAAUUAAUUGUUUUGUUUAUAAAAUGGAAAAUGUUUGUAUGAUA